AUAGCAACGAGCUCGUGUGAUGACCAUAAACCUAGCGGCCAGAAAACAACCUUUUCAGGUCAACAUGAAAAGUGUCCAGAUGUUAUUCUUCCAAGAAGUCCACCAUUAGUUACACAGUUUGCUGGCUUGGUGAUGUCUGUAGAGACAAACAUGGCUGACGUGGACAAUCAAAGGAUUUGCGAAGAUCUCCGAACUGACAAAGAACAAAACUACCGAAGUCGAAAGUCCAAAAAAUUGCUUUUUCUUAAUUUGACGCAGAAAGAGACCUCGUGCUAUGAGUCGUCUAUUUCCGCAACUGUACCAGACAUGUUAAGAGGAAGUAAUAUAAUUAAAAGAAACCACAACCUUCAAAGUCUAGAGACUGAGAGAGGGUCGUGUGUCUAUUCUCUGGAAACACCAUUAAUGGACAGCAUUGAAAACGAUCAAAAGUGGGAAAAACUGGAAAGGAAGAGUCCUUCUCUGUCAACGGCAGUCUGAUAAUGUUACAUCUCAAAGGAGGAAUGGUCAGAAAUGUUUUUAUGUAAAUGACUGAAAAGGGAAUCUCAUAAACAUUUAAUAUUGUCAUGGUAUAAGUAAGUCGUGAAUUUUUUUUUUUUUUGACAGCCGUUUCUAAAUGAAUAUUUUGACGAUUUACAGUCUGUUUAAUUGUAUUAACGAAAACUCGAUUGAAAUUUGUGGUAAUAGAACAUCCCGAUGUUGUAGAAACAAACAAACAAUAAUGACAGUAUAACACAAGAAUGUCCGAAACAAUAACGACAGUAUAACACAAGAAUGUUCGAAACAAUAACGACAAUAUAACACUAGAAUGUCCGAAACAAUAACGACAGUAUAACACUAGAAUGCCCGAAACUAUUACGACAGUAUAACACUAGAAUGCCCGAAACUAUUACAACAGUAUAACACUAGAAUGUCCAAAACAAUAACGACAGUAUAACACUAGAAUGUCCGAAACUAUUACGACAGUAUAACACUAGAAUGUCCGAAACUAUUACAACAGUAUAACACUAGAAUGCCCGAAACUAUUACGACAGUAUAACACUAGAAUGUCUGAAACAAUAACGACAGUAUAACACUAAAAUGUCCGAAACAAUAACGACAGUAUAACACAAGAAUGCCCGAAACAAUAACGACAGUAUAACACUAGAAUGUCCGAACUAUUACGACAGUAUAACACUAGAAUGUCCGAAACAAUAACGACAGUAUAACACUAAAAUGUCCGAAACAACAACGACAGUAUAACACUAGAAUGCCCGAAACAAUUACGACAGUAUAACACUAGAAUGCCCGAAAUUAUUACGACAGUAUAACACUAGAAUGCCCGAAACAAUAACGACAAUAUAACACUAGAAUGUCCAAAACUAUAACGACAGUAUAACACUAGAAUGCCCGAAACAAUAACGACAGUAUAACACUAGAAUGUCCGAAACAAUAACGACA